GUCUUGUUUGACCAAAAGGUGACCAUACCCGGGUCGUUCACUGCAAAAGGCGGUGGAAACGCAGUGGCUUGCAGCUACAAAGCUUCGGUCGGUUUAUUGUUCCCUCUGGAACGUGGUUUUACGUUCGUUCCUCGCCCACCUGUUUCAAUUCGAUUUGAUGAGGUUAUUACUGUACAGUUUUCUCGAGGCACGGGCGCCCAGAGAUCAUUCGAUUUUGAGGUGGAAACUCGCAAUGGAUUGACGCACACAUUCACCUCUAUUGAUCGUAAUGAAUAUCAUCAGCUAUACGAUUUUGUCUCCUCGAAGAAACUUCGCGUGAAAAACAUCGAGUCAGAGGGUAAAGGUGGUACAAUCGCACCCGGUGAUGAUGCUUGGUCAUCGUCAGAUGAAUCGCACGACGCUUACAUGGAGAAAGUAAAAACCGAAGCUCGUGAAAGACAACUUGAUCUGGAAGACGAUGACGAUGAUGACGAGGACGACGAGGAUUUCAAGCCACCACCCGAAUCGGAUGCAUCAGAAUUAGCUGAAGAGUAUGACAGUAAUGUCCAGACGACCACCAGUGAAGAUUCAGAUUCUGAUGAUGGUUCGGGAAGUGCAUCCGGUUCCGGAUCAGCAUCGCCUCCACAACCGAAAAAAAGCAAACCAGCACCUGCACCAAAGCCGAAAGUGGACAAACCGAAACCAGCUCCACGUGAGAAGAGAACAAAACAAGUGAAAGAUCCUAACGCACCUUCGCGACCACCCACAGCUUACAUCAUGUGGUUUAAUGAACACCGAGAGCGAAUCGCCCAAGAAAUGGGUGGCUCAAAUUCUGUGUCAGAAGUAGCCCGAGCUGCCGGAGAGAAGUGGCGUAAUUUGGAUAAUGAGACUAAGGCGCGCUAUCAGGCUCGAGUAGAUGACUUACGGAAAAAGUACGAAGAGGAUAUGCGCAUAUACAAAGCACGGAUAGAAUCCGGUGAGCUUCCUCCACCCCCUGAAUCAACGAAAAAAGCGAGAGGUAAAGCCAAGUCAUCGUCUGCGACAACCAAGUCACCCAGAAAAUCUGUUCCCACUGGAAAUUUCAAGAGCGCUGAAUACGUGGCAUCAUCGGAUGACAUGAGCGGUCAAAGUGAUGAUGACCGCCGCGGUAAAAGCGGCGGUAAAAAUGACAGUGGUUCUGAUUUGUCAGAUUUAUCCGAAUAA